GUGAAUUCUGAAAUUACAAAACACAAAAUUACCAAAAUGUCUAAUUCACUGGCAUUAUAUAUUUGCCUGUUAGAUUGCUGAAUGAAAAUAUUUGGUCUUUGUGAUUGCUAUGUAUGUGCGAUUCAUCACCAAUAAACAAAAUAUAUUUACUGACUGACCUGCAAACUAAGAAUUUAUGAAAAUUUCUUAACAUCAUGUAUUCAUUCGAGGGAGACUUUAGGCGAAAACCCCAACAAAAUUUAGCAGGUGCAAGCGCGGCACGAAAGACCGAUAGAGACUCUUUGAUUCAACAAACACAGUUACAAAGACAAAAACGAGAGGAACACCGAAAACGUUUAAACAGUGUUAUAAAAAUUCAAGCAUAUUUUAGAAGCUACUUAAUCAGAAAAAAAUGUAAACAAGUAGAAAGGGACCAAUUUGAUGAUAUGUUUCCUAGAAUUAAUGUAGAAGAUCAAACAACAAUCUCAGCACUGUUAGCAAAAAUAUUUUUCUUCUAUGAUGACAAAGCUGAUGUUUCUAGAUUGGUAUCAAUAUCACAAUUGUUGUUAAAACAAUGGAAAAAGGUCUUCCACAACAGUGGCUCUAGUAUACAGAUAAGAAGAUUACUAGCAUUACAUUUGCGACUAUUGAAGUAUAACACAGAGGUGCCUUUAGCAGUUCCACUCAGAAUGUUUGAAGUAUUCACAUCCACUAGUACAGUAGAAGCAGCAAUGAACUGUGAUGAGGCACUGAGAUUUGUUGCCAAUACAUUCUUGUAUUUAAUUAAAAGAGGCUAUUUCAUGGAUCUGUGUAAAUUAAUAUGUGAAAAGACCCCACCAAUGUAUGGUCCAUCACCAAACCCACCCACCCCAUUAAGCGGAGCACUUUUAGAGUUAAUUCAGCGCCCUCUGUCACUGAUCCUGCGAGUGAACAUUCCUCAGUAUGAAGAUACAGUAACAACAGAGUUUACUGCGGCAUUUUUGUGCAAUCCGUAUCCAGAACCAGUAGAAAUGUUUAUAUUACCAUCUCUAGCACAGGAUACCACAAAGAAACUAUCAUUCUUAGCAUUAAUAAAGUGUUUACAAGACGACAACAAAUAUCAUAGUAAAAAGAUUAUAAACGAUUCUUGGUUAUUGCAUUCGGUUUUGGUUUUGGAGCCCCGGCAAUUUAUAAGUGAAAUAAAAAAUAUUGACAAUACAAGAUUGCCAAGCAAUAGAAUAGUAAUAGAAUACCUUAAGGUAAUAGCUAGAUUGACUGAGAAUGUGUGCAACAAACAAAUCACCUACGAAUUUGAAGACUCACUGUACAGUCAAGAAACUGCAGCGGACAAAGAUGAUGAAAGUGACAGCGAAACCGAACCGAAUCCCACCUCUAUUCGUGAACAGAUGCUGCUGACGCGGUGUAUUGAAUUAUUGAAUGAUCCAGAAAGAUGCAUUAUGGUCAUCAUAUCUCAAAUAACAGAUAAUGAUUUAAGUGAAGAAUUUUUAGAGUACAUGUCUGAGAUCUGUCACAAUUUGCUUUUGAGUCAUCGUAUGGCUUUGCAUAAGUACAGGUAA